AUGCAUCUCCGCAUCCUGGCCGUUGUCAACGUCCUUGCAGGCAUCGCCUCUACACAGUCACUCGCCGGAGUCCCAGAUUGUGCUACCGCCUGUGUGAGCGACUCGCUGCCGGCGUCUUGCAACCUUGCUCCAUCAUGCAUCUGCACCGCCGACUCCUUCCUCAGCGGCAUCAGCUGCUGCGUCUUCAAAGCCUGCGAUGCAAAUGAUCAGCAGUCCGCUCUUGCUUACGCCCACGGUAUCUGCGAUCCUGUCGGUGCCUCGUCGCUCCUGCCCUCCUCAGCAGGCUGCCCUAGCACCUCCGGCAGUGCUAGCGCGACCGGCGGUUCCACGGUGAAAACUACCAGCGGCGGCUCUGCUAGUAGUGCAACAGGUGCGGCGGGAUCAGCCUCUGCGUCCGCCUCCUCCGCGCCCGCCGGUGCAACGGCGUCUGCUGCCACCGCCAGCGCUACCGGUUCAUCAUCCAGUGCUCUUGCUGGAGGACGCCUGAGCGUUCAGGGUGCCGGCCUUAGUGCUGUUGGUGCUGCGUUCUUGGGCUUGGCCGCCUUCCUCUAG